CGCGAAUCGCAACGCGGCGUAAUCCGAACCUUAAUUUGCGUACAGCCUCUAUAAGUACCGAGUCGCUUCCGGUAGCCUCGGUGCGGCUGUUGUGUUUGCGUUCGUGGUGGUCUCUGCAGCUCGUGCUUGCCGUUAUGCCUGAACCGGCAAAAUCCGCCCCGGCGUCCAAAAAGGGCUCGAAGAAAGCUGUCACCAAAGCCCAGAAGAAGGACGGCAGGAAGCGCAAGCGCAGCCGCAAGGAGAGCUAUUCCAUUUACGUGUACAAAGUGCUGAAGCAAGUGCACCCGGAUACCGGCAUCUCGUCCAAGGCCAUGGGCAUCAUGAACUCGUUCGUCAACGACAUCUUCGAGCGCAUCGCGGGCGAAGCGUCGCGCCUGGCGCAUUACAACAAGCGCUCGACCAUCACGUCCCGGGAGAUCCAGACGGCCGUGCGCCUGCUGCUGCCCGGCGAGCUGGCCAAGCACGCCGUGUCCGAGGGCACCAAGGCGGUCACCAAGUACACCAGCUCCAAGUGAGUUCCUGCCGGGAUGCGGCGCUCGCACGAGGCCCCGAGCCGCUUGACUUUCCAAAGGCUCUUUUCAGAGCCACCCACUUUCUCAGUGGAAGAAGCUGUCAUGUUGUUUUACACAGGUUUUUUGUAGCUCUACUUUGCUUUUUUUCCUCACCUAGUUAACGUUAAGAGCGUUCACAGUCGUUAAGUACGAACGCAGCUAUUUCUUUCAGAUAAGUGAUGGAGUAUUUUUACCUAGUUUGGGAGAACCUAAUGGGGUAUAGAUGUGCUGUGUUUUGUCAGAACUCUUGGAACUGUUUCAAUGAUGUUGCUUUUUAUGAACUUAUGUAUGCAAGAUAAAGUUCGAAUAUCAAAGGUGCUACCAUCUGGUGUUCCCAAGUGGUAAACAGUCGUGGUACUUAAUUUUUUGUAUUGUGUGGUCGGUGUUGUUUACAAAAAAGGGAUAACUUUCACUUGGUGCUAACAAAUUCCUUGCGUUUGUGUUAUCUUGCAUUCCCAAGCACCUGCGUACCCAGUUUAUGUGUAGAUUCCCCAAUAGGGAAACUGGAGCUUGCUUUUGAUACCUAGGAAUUAACCAUUCUUCUGGUGGUUUUUGUCUGCCUCAUCUUAGGUCAAAUCACAUAAAAC